UACUAAUGGCCAAACAUGGCUGACGACGUGCGCAAGUACGUGUCCUCCUGCACCGCCUGCCAGAUCAUGAAAUCUUCUCAUCAGCGAGCAGCCAGACUACUGCAGCCGUUGGAUCUGCCCGAGCGACCAUGGCAACACAUCACGAUGGACUACGUAACAGGACUGCCAGCCGGUCCCAGCGGAAACGACGCCAUCCUCGUGGUCGUCAAUCGACUCACGAAAAUGGCACACUUCAUCGCUUGCCAACAGACAAUUACAGCCGAGCAAACUGCUCAACUGUUCAUCGCCAACGUCAUUCGCCUGCACGGACUGCCUACCGCAAUUAUUUCAGACCGAGACCCGAAAUUCACAUCGAAUUUUUGGCGCCACCUGUGGGACCAUUCGGCACCAAACUACAGUUUUACUCUGCCUACCACUCACAGACCGACGGGCAGACCGAACGAGUCAACCAAACUAUGGAGCAAUCAUUCGGACUACCUGUACUGACCCACAGACAUGGGAGAAAUCCC